AUGGGCGACGAUAGAUACUACACUCUGGCCGAGGGCUGUCCCUUCGCGAAUAGCAGCACAGCUGUCCUGAUGCAGGGUAGACAGGGUGGCAGCCUCGGAUUACUUCAAGACACCCAGCUCAUCGAAACCCUUGCUCACUUCUCCCGGGAGAGAAUUCCAGAGCGCGUCGUUCACGCUAAGGCUGUCGGCGCCAAAUUCCUCAGAACGGUCGGAAAGAAGACACCCGUGCUUCAGCGGGUGUCAACCGUUGGGCCCGAGUCCGGAUCUGCCGAUACCUCCCGCGAUGUGCACGGAUGGGCGAUGAAGUUUUAUACCGACGAGGGAAACCAAGAUUUUGUUUUUAACAAUACGCCUGUCUUCUUCAUCCGUGAUCCGAUCAAAUUCCCGUCUAUGAACCGCUCUCACAAGCGACAUCCUCGGACCCACCUCCCCAACCCAAACAUGUUCUGGGAUUUUCACGUCGGCAAUCCUGAGGGUAUCCACCAACUUCUGGUUCUGUUCAGCGACCGUGGCACGCCCAAAUCGGUCCGCUACAUGAACUCUUAUAGCGGACACACUUACAAAUUUACUAAACCUGACGGCUCGUUCAAAUACGCCAAAUUCCACGUUAAAACGCAGCAGGGAAUUGAGAACCUCUCCUCUCAAGAUGCUACCAAGAUCGCCGGGGAGGACCCUGAUUUUAUGAUCCGUGACAUGUUCGAGGCCAUUGAAAGGGGCGACUAUCCUGUCUGGAACGUCUAUGUCCAACUGAUGAGUCCCGAAGAGGCCGAGAAGUACAAGUGGAAUAUUUUCGACAUGACUAAGGUUUAG